AUGUCGGCGCGUUACGAACUAGAGAUCACCAUCUCCUCUGCCAAAAACCUAAAAAACAUCAACUGGCGCCACGGCUCUCUCAACCCAUACGCCGUCGUAUGGGUCGACCCAAAAAACAAGCCCACAACACAUGUCGACGAGGUGGGCGAUGAGUCGCCAGUCUGGGAUGAAAAACUCACCAUCCCCUUCAACGAUCCGAUCGAGGAUUCAACUCUCUAUAUCGACAUCGUGCACGCUAACGCUGCGGCUGACACCAAGCCGUUGAUCGGCUCAGCCAAGCUUAAGCUCAUCGAUGUUGUUGAUGAGGUCGGAAUGGGGAACAUGUUUAGUGAAAGCUUAGAACUAAAGCGUCCGUCCGGGCGUCCGCACGGGAGGUUAGAGGUGAAAGUAUCUGUUAAGGAAACCCGCUAUCCUGCGCCGGAACCUUACUAUCCACCUCCUUAUACUGUCGCACCGCAACAGUAUAAUGCUCCUCAACCGUACGGUGGGAAUUAUCCGUACGCGGCUCCACCAUCAGGCUACCCAUAUGCCGCACCACAACCACAUUACGUGCCGCAAUAUGGGCAACUUGCUUAUGGUGGAGCACCGUCGUAUGGUGGUCCUCAAUCUGUACCACCAUAUGGUGGAGCACCGUCAUAUGGUGGUCCACCAUCUGGACCACCGUAUGGUGGUGCUCAACCGUCAUACGGUGGGUAUGAGGAGAAGAAGAAAAGUAAGUUUGGGAUAGGGACCGGACUGGCGGUAGGAGCGGCGGCAGGGUUGUUGGGAGGGUUAGCGAUAGCAGAGGGGGUUGAUUAUGUGGAAGAUAAAAUUGCGGAGGAUAUUGCCGAGAAGGUUGAGGAUGACCUCGGUUACGACUAUGAUUAGAACAUUC